AUGGUUGAUAUUGCAGCUAAUGUAGAGAGAGUGGUACUGCUUCGAGAAGCGAAGAAUGUUGGGUAUAAAAGGAGGAAUGAAAACCAGAGUCAAGGAGGAGCAAAGAAGCCUAACCAAGGCUAUCAGGGAAACCAAAGGAGGAACGAUGUUGGAAACAAAGGACAAGGUUAUCGUGGAAAUCAGAAUAAUAGGACACAAGAAUGUGCCAAGUGUGGGAGAAGAGGCCACAUCGAGAGUGAAUGCCGUGUAGGAUCGAACACUUGUUUUCGAUGUGGGAGCCAUGAUCAUUACAUCAGAGAUUGUCCGAAGCAGGAGGAGGAGGCUUUGCCUCGUCACAACGGCCGCCGAUGCAUUAUACAUGGUGCUACUGGUGGUUACUCGAAUAGAGCGAAGGGAAGAUGCGAGGCGAACAAAGGAAGCUUCUUAGUCUCGCUAGGGUUUCGUAGCUGGAGGGAAGGGCUAUUUGUUGUGGCCGUUGAUGAUGUCGCUGGUGUUUUAAUUUCAUUUUAG